UAUACGUUCUCUGCAUAUUUUGGUCAAGUGUCAAAAGUACUCUCUGCAUAUUGACUUCGUGACUUCACGUGUUAUUCGUUAAUACUAGUGAGAAUUAAAUUUGAAUUUUUAGAAACAAAUAAAUUUUGCAUUAAUAAUAAUACAAUGGGACGGAAAGCGGAAUUUAGUGAGAAGCCAAAAAAAGGUCCUGGUCGGAAGGCUCGCAAGCAAAAGCCACCUACAUUCCCGAAAAAAUCGUUCGCACCUUUAGAGGAUAAGGAUGAUAAAAAACUAUCCCAUCGCCAAAAGCAACGCUUGGUUAAGCGUGAUCAGAAAAAAGAUAUCCAAAAAAUAAAAAAACAAAAAUUCAAUAUGAAGUUAAGCAAAGAAAAUAAUAGUAAAUCUGAAGAUCGGAAGAGGCAAUAUAGUGACGAUGUCAAAUAUCAGAAUAAAUGUGACACUGAAGAACUAUAUGGAGAAGUAGGCAUCCAGCAGGAUUUAAAAUCUCGGAAAAAAAAAUUGUUGGGAUUUACUGAUGAUAAUCAAGAUUGGCUGAAACCAAAGCAUUCGAAAAAAAUAAAGACAUUAAAAAGUAUAGAGGACCAAGAAAUUAAUGAAGCAGAGAACAAUGGUAAAAACGAAAAAGAUUUAUGGGAAAGCCAAACAGAAAGCGAGGGGGAAGAGAGUGACGAUAAGGAUUCUAGUAAAGAAAAUCUUAAAGUUGAAAAUCUAGAUGACAUAUCAGAUUAUGGUGAUGAAAAUGAUAAUUCAGAUGACGACUUUGAAUUAUCAGAUGAAGAGGGUAAAGAUACUGAUUCUACCAAUACCGAAUCCGAUGAUAAUGAAGCUGAUGACAGUUUAUUACCGAUUGAACGGGAAAAUAAGAGGUUAAGGAAACUUGAAGCCAAAGAAUCUAAAAUGGCUACUCAGGAAAUGCAAAUGUCGAUUGAUCGGCAGGAGGUUUUCAAAUUCCCAGAGAAAGAUGAUGAAACCCAAAAGGAAAUAACACUUCAGGAAAUACAACAACGUAUUAAGGAUAUUACACUUGUAUUAUCUGAUUUCAAAAAGUACCGCCAAGUAGAUCGUUCUCGACAAGAAUAUUUAGAUCUAUUGCGACAUGAUCUUUGCAUCUACUAUAGCUAUAAUGAUUUUCUUAUGGGAAAAUUGAUGGAUAUUUUCCCAUUGACAGAAUUAAUGGAGUAUUUAGAAACAUCAGAAGUUCCUCGCCCACUUACAAUUCGUACGAAUUCAUUAAAAACACGUAGAAGAGAUUUGGCGGCAGCAUUAAUUAACCGAGGCGUUAACUUAGAUCCUCUGGGUAAAUGGACUAAAGUCGGUUUAGUCGUUUAUAAUUCACAAGUUCCACUUGGUGCUACUCCCGAAUACUUGGCUGGCCACUAUAUGAUUCAGGGAGCAUCCUCAAUGCUACCGGUUAUGGCUUUAGCACCGCAAGAGAAUGAACGUAUUUUAGAUAUGUGUUCUGCACCAGGCGGCAAGGGUUCACAUAUUGCUGCGAUUAUGAAGAAUACAGGCGUUCUUUUUGCGAAUGAUGCCAAUAGGGAGCGGAUAAAAGCAGUAAUGGCCAAUUUCCAUCGCCUUGGCGUUAUUAAUGCUAUUAUUAGCUGUGAAGAUGGCUGCAAAUUUCGUAAUGUAAUGUCCGGAUUUGAUCGUAUUCUCUUGGAUGCACCGUGCACAGGCACAGGUGUUGUGGCGAAAGACCCAAGCGUCAAAUCAACAAAGAAUGAGGUCGUUGUACAGCGUUGUUACAAUCUUCAACGCAAGUUGUUGUUAACAGCCAUCGAUUGUGUAGAUGCUAAAUCUAAAACCGGUGGAUACAUAGUGUAUUCAACAUGUUCGGUAUUACCGGAGGAGAAUGAAUGGGUUAUAGACUAUGCCCUCAAAAAACGAAAUGUUAAGCUUGUUCCAACUGGUUUAGAUUUUGGUGUUGAAGGUUUCACAAAAUAUCGUCAACAUCGCUUCCAUCCCAGUUUAAAUUUGACUCGCCGUUAUUAUCCCCAUGUACAUAAUAUGGAUGGAUUUUAUGUUGCAAAAUUGAAAAAGUUCUCAAACACUAUACCGAUGACUAAGGAACAGCAAGAUGCAGAUGAAAAAGAUUUGGAUGACGCGAUAGCUCAUGCAAAAUCAAUGGAGAAUGAGAAUUCUAACAUUAGUGAACAAUUAGAAUGUGAGGAGACGCAGCCGCGGAAACCACUCGGAAAACACGCUGGAAAGCCAAACUUGUCGGAGGUAGAAUUGGACUUAAAGAAGAGAAAAUUGCAACAGAAUAAGAAUAAAUAUAUUGCUAAUGUUUUUGAAAAACCAUUAAAAGUAAAUAAGAAUGAAAUGGAAAAUACAAUUAGUUAGUUAACAAAGAUGGCUAAAAAUUAAUUUCAAAAAUCGGAAAAUAAAAUAUGUUUGUGUACGUUAUUUUGAAAUACAUAUACAUAUGUAACUUAUUACAUAUUUUUAUAAAUUUAAGAAAUGCUAAAGGUUUGAAUAAAAUAGGUUUUACAUAAUAUAUCGAUUGUAAUAAGGAAUUAUUCUAUUUAUUUGAAACUCUAUCAAACGCUUAUUGUCAUGAAAUUAAAAUAUAAUUAAAUAUAAUGCAGCGACACUUGUAUGCAUUUAUACAAAGUUAUAACAAUUAAUAGUUGGAACUAGUUCUAAUUCAGUAAGUUCAUACAUACAUUGUAAUGGUGAGUUUAAUUCACAUCGUUUUGUAACUUUCCUUUCUAUAAGAACUGUUAUAAAACAGCAAAAUAAAAUGAUGUUAUUAUAAUAAAAACACUUACUAAAAGCAUGUUUGAAAACGUUUUUAAUUUUGUUGUUUUUCAUUAAAUACUUUUGAUAAAUUUCGGUACUAUUAUAUGUAUAUAAAAAAGUUCCAAAGCACAAAUUCGGAGUUGUGCCAAGUUUGGCUAAUUUGGAGCUGUCCACAUAGUACAACACCUGCUCCUGCCGCAGCUACAUAUGUAUAUUUUAAAUGAGCUUUUUACUAUUAAAGAAGAAACUGCUCAAAAGUUGGCAAACAAUUAUAACUGGAGAUAAUAAUUGAAAGUUCUCUGUUGCCGGUUGAGGUUUCCAUUAUCUUUAUACGGAAAUUCAUAUAAAAAACAAUUUUUUUUUAUUCAAAGUUUAUAUGGCUUAUAAAUAUGUUUUAUUGCUACAAUUACUUAAGAAUCUUUAUUUGCAAUAUUUUUCUUUCACACGUACUCUACACUACCAACUUCUACGAAACUUUCCGAGUUAUUGUAGUUGUCCUUUACAAAUAAACGUUUUAACACUAGCUGCUGGGUCUCGAUUCGUUGGGUAUAUAUACCGUCCUCUACCACAAAGGGGUUGUCUGGGUCGCUACGGUUCACUCGAUGAGACUCAAACCCGUUUGCUUUCCAACAAAGCGUUCGAACAACGGUAGCUGACGCAACUUUUUUAUUAACGGUACGAGCAUUUUGGCUGCAGGUCGAAUCCACGAUCAUUCCCAAAACCCCGUGGUCUUCCGCUCUUUUGCCUGAAAUAAAACAUAUGUAUAUGUAUACAUAUUAUACAUUGGGUCAGCGCGAUCUUAGCGUAUAUACUAUAUACACUAUGACCCGCUAGGGAGACUUCCAUUGCAGAUCCGUGCAUGCGCCACAAUUUCUUUGGUCAAAUUAAUCCUUGCUCUUCCGCAAUGUUUAUACAUUGUUCCCUUGUAAUUUAUAUCUCAUUUGCAUAUUUCGCUACGCAUAUUUUUCAAAAUAUGCAAUAUAACAAAUUUGCACUCAUUUUCUUUCUUCUUCUUUGAUUUUAUAUACAUAUGCAUAUAUAUAAAUGUUUAAUAUAAAUAUUAUUAUGGAUUAGUGACCGACCGGUUAAUCGGCCUGGCAUUGGCAUCGACCAGUAACGGCCACAAAAUUCAGCAUCGGCAUCGGUUUACAUUAAGUCAUUCCUCACGAUGAUGAUAUUAAGUCUAGUAUAAAGAACUUCUUUUUCACUGUGUUUGAGGUUUCAGUAAUCGGGUGUUGAUGAAAGAAUGGGUGAUUAGUCCAGAUUUCCUAGACCAGUGGUAGGGCUGCUACCCCUUUUGCAUUGCAAAUGGUAGGCAUAUGGACAUGCCGUUGCUAUCACAUUUAUAUUGCGAGCCGCAUUGAUGCAAGACAAAAGCUCGUUGUGGCCGCCACUGACCUGUGGACAGACGCUACAAUCUGGUUGUGUAUUUUGUUUCUAGCUUCGGUGCUCCUCAUCUACCCAACCGGCUUGCCCUACCGGUAGUUAGACUACCGCUGGCAUCGCUCUCAGGAUCAUUGCACCUAAUGAUCCUCCUUAUUGCGUCAAGAUAACAAUCCCCGGAUUGGCCCUACGCUACAACUGGAGUUAAAGGAAAUUAUAUGCAUAUACAUAUAUAAAGAACUUUUCUAUUAUACUCUCGCCACUGCCACGCCCACAAAAUGGCUAAAACCGAAAACACAUAAACUGUCAUAACUAAGCCAUAAAUAAAGUUAUAAAAGUAAAAUUUAGUACAAAGGAUCUCCCAAUAAGGGCCAUAUUUGGAUGUAAUUUUUUUGGAGAAGUGGGCGUAGCUCCGCCCCUUAAUAGGAUUUUUGUAUAUAUCUCGGAAACCAAUAAAGCUAUAUAAACCAAACUUUCUGCAGUCGUUUUGUUUAGCCACUUCUUAGUACAGUCCAAAAAUGAAAGAAAUCGGAUAACAACCACGCCCAUCCCCCAUACAAAGGUUAUGUAGAAAAUGACUAAAAGUGCGUUAACUCACUAACGAAAAACGUCAGAAACACUAAAUUUUACAGAAGAAAAAGCAGAAAGAAGCUGCACUCAGAUUUUUAUAAUCAUUGGAAUUGCCUGGAUUAUCACCACUUAAUUUUACAUUUAAAAAAAUUAACCUCGACUUUGUAAUGAACUUUGUAUCGUCAUCGAAGCCAAGAUUGAUUGUAUAUCUUAGCCACAAAACGUGUGGCCGGGUCUGCUAGUAGCUUAUAAAUAUUAACCGAUUUAUAAGAUAUGUGAGAUAUCUUAGCUCAAUUAAGUGAGCAUAUAGUCUUGGAUAUAGCAUAACUUGGUGGUGAAAAUGAGUGAAAUUGGUUCAGUAAUUAUCUCAGCCUAUAUACUAUAUAUUAUGAUUUUCGCUUUUCUAUUGGAUUUUAUGCCGAAUAUGUAUAUGGGUCAAAUCGUGUGUUAUCUAAAAAAAAACGUGUAGCAAUAAAUUGCAAGAGUAUAAAAUGUUCGGUUGCACCUGAACUUAGCCUUUCCUUACUUGUUAUACUCUCGCAACAAAGUUGCUACGAGAGUAUUAUAGUUUUGUCCACAUAACGGUUGGUUGUAAGUCCUAAAACUAAACGAGUUAGAUGUAGGGUUAUAUAUAUCAAAAUGAUCAGGGUGACGAGAGAAGUUCAAAUCCGGAUAUCUGUCUGUCCGUCCGUCCGUGCAAGCUGUAACUUGAAUAAAAAUUGAGAUAUCUUAAUGAAACUUGGAACACGUGUUCCUUGACACCAUAAGAAGGUUAAGUUCGAGCGUAAUCGGACCACUGCCACGCCCACAAAAUGGCGAAAACCGAAAACACUUAAAGUGCCAUAACUAAGCUAUAAAUAAAGUUAUGGAAGUAAAAUUUGGUAUGAAGGAUCGCACUAGGAAGGGGCAUAUGUGGAUGUAAUUUUUUUGGGAAAGUGGGUGUGUCCCCUCCCCCUACUAGGUUUUUUGUACAUAUCUCGCAAACCAAUAGAGCUAUAUAAACCAAACUUUUUGCAGUCUUUUUUUUAGCCACUUCCUAAUACAGUCUAAAAAUGAAAGAAAUCGGAUCAUAACCACGCCCACCUCCCAUACAAAAGUUAGGUUGAAAAUUACUAAAAGUGGGUUAACUCACUAACGAAAAACGUCAGAAACACUAAAUUUCACAUAAGAAAUGGCAGUUGGAAGCUACACUUAGAUUUUUUUACAAAAUGGAAAAUGGGCGUGGCACCAUACCAUAACCAUAUCUCAGGAACUACUCGACCGAUUUCAAUGAAACUUGGUUUGUAAUAGUUUCCUUACAUCCCAAUGAUAUGUUGUGAAAAUAGGCCAAAUCGCUUCACAACUACGCCUACUUCCUAUAUACCAGAAUUUUAAGACUUUGCACAAAUACUACGUUUAUAGUGUGGCAGCCCAAGUGUGGCAAAUUGUGUAUUAUAUAAUAGUAAUAAAGUCAAAUAAAUAAAUUGCGAGAGUAUAAAUUGUUCGGUUACACCCGAACUUAGCCCUUCCUUACUUGUUUUUGUUUUAAAUUUAUUAUUACAGUAUUUAGAAUGAUCCGAUUUAUUUCAAAUAUACACAGUUUUAUUCAACAUAAUUUCAUAACGUCGCUCUUAUACCCCUGACAGACGGCGACGUUAAUUCGGAUUAACUGCUUUAAUGGGGUUAAUUUGAGAGUUACCUCACCUGACAAACGGCGGCGUUAUUUCGGAAUAACUGCUUUAAUCGGGGUUAAUUGGAGAGUUAUCUCAGUUAACUUCGUUUGCUAACUCCUAUUUAAUCCUCAAAAUUUUAGAGAGCUAGUGGGAGUUCGUGGCAUUUUCGUUGGCAACAUUGUUAAACAUGGCCGCUUUUUAUCUAUUGUGAAUGAAAAUAUGCAAUACUGACAGCUGUUUUUCAAUUAAAUGUUAACAAAAACAUACACAUGCUAGUUUUUUCUAAAAGGGAAGUUCUAAUAAUAACGUAUUUAUGUCUAUUUUUUUUAAUAAUUAGUGAUUUUGUACUAUUUGUGUGGCUAACAACCGCAAUAAUUGCUUUCUAUCCAAUUUUAUUUCACCAAAAUGGAAAUAUUAUUGCCAAUCAGCUGUUAUGGGUGUUUAUAACUCGCUUUGCUGCCGUCUGUCACCCACAAAAUUGGAAAUGAUUAAAAGCGCAGUUAAUCGGGAAUAACUCUGCCGUCUGUCUAGCGUACUAAUCCGUAUUAACUGCUAACUGCUAAUUAAUUCUGGAGUUAUCUCAGUUAACUCCGUUUAAUAACACCCAUUUAAUCAUCAAAAUUUUAUAGAGUUAGUGGCAUUUUCGCUGGCAACAUUGUUAAAAAUGGCCGCUUUUAACCUAUUGUGAAUGAAAAUAAGCAAUACUGACAGCUGUUUUUUAAUUAAAUAGCGGUACUAUGUAGCGUAUUUUAAAGGAAUAUAAUUGCAGAAAAUGGUUCUGGGAAGGCAAAGCGAAUUGCAACGCACAUCUGGUGCGUACAUGCAAGCACAAACAUGCAAAACCAAAAAUAGAAGCAGAACAAGGAUUAUACGACUGGAGGCAGAUGGCUUAAGCUGGAUACCCCCUUAGACAGUACUUUUAAUAGUGACACAACGAUAGUACAACAUUAACGAUUCCAGGCAGAUGACUCAUAGAAACAGAUUUGAUUGCAUUAAUAUACAACAACAUUGCAAUAAUAACAACGUAAUGGAUGCUUAUGGUGAUAACAAUAAGCAGAAUUCAAAGUAACAAAAAUCAUGAACCAGAAGUGCACACAAAAUAUACAAAAACAACAGAGUUGGUAUUAAUACUUCCCAUGCUUAUAUUAAUAAUGGUGGAUAAUCGCCAGAUAGUGUAACAUGUGUAUGCCUUCAACCAGCAAGUAAUCACUACUCAGACAACCACACCGGCAGCAGCAGCAAUAAUUAAUACAUAUUCAAAUUUAGAAUACAAGUCAAAAUCGCACAACGCAACCGGCAAAUAACAAGGCAAAAUCAAAGCAAAUGCCAAAGCAACCCUGAUUUACACAUUCGUUCAACAGCUGCUUCUACAACUGCAGAUCACUCGGAAUUAUAACGCCGGUCAUGACAGACCACGAUGGCAAAAGGGAAGUGUGAGAACAAGUUAAGACAGUUGUAAGGAACCAGUAAUAAGUGCGGUUGAAAAGUGAUAAACACAAGAAAUAAGUGAAAUGUGAAGAAUUGUACUAUUUGGAAUUAUUAUAACACCAUUCUAAACGUUUUACUAUGGUGUAAGUUAAUUUUGCGCUAUGAAACCAAAUAUUUUUGAACUAAUGUACUUAAAAUUAAGUAAUUAAGAUUAUUUCAACGGGAAUGCAAAACGAACACGAACAAUCAGAAUUUGUACCAGAGUGUUGUAUAAUUAUUUGUGAUCCGGCGAUUGACGUAAAUUAAAUCGCAGAAAUGAAAGUCUCGUCCGAGAUGGCUCAAAGGCCAAAUAAAAACUGUACGUGCAUAUCGGUGAGGCGGCCCAGAAGAGAUUUUUUUAUAGAAAUAAAACGUGAUUAUUAGGACUCAGUCGAAGAGGUACUUUUCAAUUUUAGAUCCUUAAGACAUACACGUGAUGAUUUGUACUCUUCAAUAGGCCAAAAGUGACUUUUCUGAACAAAAACGUGUGCAGCUGAAUGCAAUGAUAUUUUUAAACAUGAUACGAAGAUAUUAAUGUAAAAAGUGCAAACGGAGAAACCGUACUUGGAAUUUUUGGUGACCGUUGGUCCGUUCCGUUAAGGCGUUAAUAUGUAACUUCAAGAAACUCCGGCAACAAAGAAGAGCCACCGAGUGAUGAUAGCAGCAUUACAGCGGAAGGAAUUGUAUUGGAACAUAUACAAUAAAGCGGAAUAUCGAAGCAGUGAAGCAAUUAACGGCAACAUUUAUGUAUUUAAGGCAUAUAAGCGGUCAACGUAAGAAGACAUCAGGCAUAACAGCGGUGAACGGUAGAGUUCAGCCAUCAGACAGAGCAGCGAAGCAGAACAAGCAAGAGAAGUUUUUUGACACUAUUUAUGUAAACGAGCGAUAUGUAUGUAUGUAUAAUUAUAGUUGCAUGUACAUACAUAAAAUUACAUGUGUAUACACCAGUGUUGUCCAAUGCAAUAGUAUGUAGCUUUCACUUGUGUGCGUAAAGCGUUACUGCAAACUGUGUUGGCAGAAAAGUACACUGAAUAAAUAAUGAGCAAUUUUUUUUUAUAAUGUUAAUGAAAAUGAUUUAAGUUCAAUUUGUACAAAUGUUGAUCAGUGCAAAUUUAUUACAAAUGAGGCAAUGGGCUUCUCCCUCCAUAUUUUCAACAAAAAAAAAAAUUUGUCUCCCAUUCAAUUUUAAACAUUUUUAUAAAUUACGCAAGGGGGUAUUUUCUGGCAGUGUAAAAAAUUAAACUUGCGCAUACGUGCUAGCUCACAGAAUUCUGAAACGCUACUGAAAUAAUUAGCUUCGCCAUACGCUGCUGCCGAACCAAGCUAUUCGUAUAUGAUAGGAGCAGUUUACUGGCUCUUUCGUUUUUUCUGAAGCUGGCAGAAGAGUAUACGUGUGAGUAUACGUGUUUGACGUCGCAGCAGCUAGCCUAUGCCCCGGGCAUAGGAAAAAUGCGUUUUGGCCGACACUGGUAUACACUAUAUUAAGAAUUGGUACAGUACCAACUACGCCAUUUUGAAUUCAAAUUUUAAUUUUAUACCAACGAAAAUUUGUAUUUAACUUAUAGUAUGUACAUUAUAAUACCACAUGUACUAUAGAUGUAAUUAGAAGAAGUUUUUGAAUUGCCUACAAUUUAAAAAAAGUAGUAAUGUAUGUAUGUAAGUGAAAUAUUUAUAUAAUACAGUGAACUUCCAUAACUCGAACUUCUAUAACACGUAGUUCUCCAUACUGCGAACUCUUGAAUUGGUAAUAGAAGUAAAAUUUCAUACAAUUUACCUUCCACUCGAAGUUUUUUUUGUGGAUUAUGGUGUUCGAGAUAGGGAAGUUCAACUGUAUAUUCUGAAAAAUAUGUACAGUACCUGGCCAUCGAAUUACGAACAAUUACGAAUUACAAAAAAAAAACUACGGUUACAAUAAUUGUCAGCCGAUAACUAUAAAGUAGGCAAGCUUAUUCGAAUAUUAUACCGUUAAUUAUACAGUAGAAAUAUAGGCAAAGGAUGCCACCCAGGUUGUAAUUUUGUAACUUUCACCAUAAAUUAAAAACAUUGUCAAAAAAAUUCGUUCGCAAUUCGAUGGCCAGCAGCUGUAGGAUUAUAAAAAACUUUGUAAGAUAGACGUCGAAACCGUGACCCUGGACUUAUACAUAUAUAUAUAUAUAUAUAUAUAUAUAUAUAUAUAUAUAUAUAUAUACAUGUGUGUAUUUAUUCAAGAAACGUAAUUCCUUUGAUGUUUUCACAUACGUUGCAUAGAUUUGAAUAAUAUUAUUUGUUGUUCAAAGAUGUUUCUCUUCUCGCAACCAUUUGGGACCCUUCCACCAUAGAUCGAGUUCUAUCAGUUUAUUCGACAGUACGCCUGUUAAAAUUGAGACGGGUAUUGUUUCGGUUUGAAAAUAGUACUCAAGCUCUGGUUGUCCAAAGCUCCUUUAUUUGAGCCCCCUAAAGCACAAGUGGUAUAACUCCACUGUUUCUUCUGUCGAGAUAUUAAAGGGUUUGCUAAAAGUUGUAUAUAAAAAUCAAUAUUGAACUUUUGGACUACUUUUUUCAAUAAAACUUCAGAAAAAGGUGUUAUUUAACUUAAAUUGAUGUUUUUAAAACUUUUUGUCCACUAACUCUUGUUUUAUCGAGUACCGAAAAUAAAUUAUACCAUUUGUGCUGUAAAUGGUUUUAAGAUUUCAUUUAACUUAUAAAUAGUUUAAAAUCUGUUUCGUUUUCUCAUCUAAUUUUUCAUGUAUUAUCAAUAAAACUUAAAUUUAUUUCAUUAUUGACAGUAUAAUAAGUGAAAAAAUAUUUUUUUAUUCAUCGUCACUUUCUUGAAAUUCUUCCUGAAGUGGGCCAACAUCUUCAGCAGUCUCACUAGUAACAAGCCCCUCGAAAUAACUGUGGUGUACUGGAGGGAUGUAUGGCAGCAAGUCCAUCAUAUCUUUCCUUUUUUCUUUUGAAAUAGGCCGAACUCUUGUGUACAGCUUACCCUGAUCAAUGAUGCAAACAUUAACGGGUCGUCCUUUUUUUCCUGCUGGCUUGAAAUCCAAUGUUGAAAACGGCAUAUCUUCAGAUAGAGUUUCCUUAAAAAGGAUUUUAAAUGGCUCACUUUUUGUGUAGCGUAUCCAUUGCAUUUUCAGCCACGAUACAGGUUGGCCUUCACAAUCUUUUUUUCUUCUGGUGAUUUUUUUUAGGAUGUUUUCGACUGACAAAAAAUUAUCGAUCGUCAUAACUGUCACAUGAAAGGCAUUCUUUUUCCUUGACAACGCAAUAGUUCUAUACCAGUCGUCAGGUGUAAAUAUUUGUUGCGACUUACUAAAAUUUUCAAUAGAUGCAAAGUCACAGUCAUUGGGGAGGAAUGAAUGUCCACUUUGCAUGAACUUUUGGUCCAUCAUUUCUACAUUAUUGUCUGGACUUUGGACAUAUUUCAUCAACGUCAUAGCGAUUUUCCAGUUACGGUUUUGACCUGUGCAUGUGUCGCUAUACAUAAUGGGCGUGAAAUUGCAGAUUGAACUCGUUAUUAAAAGUUCUUCGAUAUAUAUGCUCCCUAACAGGCUGAAGCCCUUGGCUUUCAACGUGCUCCUUGUACAGAUUGUACAUAAGUCGUAUAUUUAAGUUCUCGGCUAAAUAUUUCCUAUUUGGGUUGUGUUUUCUUGUGUAGUGAGAUUCGUAUGAAGGAAAAGCUGAAAUAUGGGCUCUUACUUGUGCCAUUUGUUCAUCGGAGGUUUUGUUACCAGGCACCUUCUUACCCCGUUUAUCGUCUCCUGGAGGAUAGCCCAUUUUGACCUUCUCCAAAGCUCGCGUCAUUCUUCCAUUUGAGAUUUUCAAUGUUUCUAAGAAGUACCUCUUGCAAACCUGUUUGGUUUCCCCAGCAACAUUAUGAUAGAACCUAUUUGAACUUGUUCGAUUCUUCUCAGCGGUGGUUGGCCGACGACGUACCGGUAAUAUUGGUUUCAAAAGACCACAAAUGAAUGCAUUUUGGGCAGAGAAUGUCCCUAUUUUCCAAAAUGCUUCGAAUAUUUUUUUUCGUUCUUCUUCUUUUAUUUUGUUAAAACACUUUUUGGUGCAUUUGCAAUCGAGAUUGCUAAAUUGCUUCGCUGGAAUUGGCUUUCCUUUUCUAGUGACGUAAGAGUCUCCCGAAUUUCGCUUCCUUUUCCUUUCUUCUCGCUUCCAUUCCUUUCUCUGCCUUUUCCGGGCUCUCUUUGGCCUUCUUUCCGCAUUUUCCUCUGCUUCACCACUUUCAUGAGUACUGGGUCUCCCCUCCACAUCAGUAGCUGCUUCAUUGUCCCCUAUGGAACCGGGAUCAUCAACGGCUGAAACCAAAGUUUACGUUCAAUUAUUUGAGAAAGUAUAAACAUUACGACAUGAAUUAGCAUUUUCGAUUAAGCACUAAAUUGGGUUUUACAAUAACAACAAACGAAUGAAGAAAUUUUGCCAUUUUUCAGCUUAACACUUAAUUCUUAAUUUCACUACUGUUACCUUCACUUGAGUACAUCUAAAGAAAUUAUUACAAAAAAACACUGAGAAUAAGUCUUCCUCCCAUGAAAUUCACUGCACGAAUGGUGAAUUUGUCAAUUAUACCACUUGUGCUGUCAACGAAUAGGCGGCAGCAUUCACUGCACUAGUAAUUUCUGCUUUUUAUGAGGUUGCUGUGGGAACUAGAAGCUACCACGUUAUUGCAUUAAAUAGAACACAUUUUCCUCAAUACAGUACCAUAACUAACUCGAAAAAAAAAAUGGAGUUAUACCACUUGUGCUUUAAAGGGCUCAUUUAUAGAAUAAUCUUAGCCUAUUUCAUGUGUGUGACACACACACAUAGUUGUGUUAUACAUGUACAUAUCUUAAUCCUGAUCUACUGUACAUAACUGCAUUAUGUACGCAUAGCUUAAUCUUAAAUGUUCUCAACGGCGACAGCAUAACAUAACAGUUUCUUAUCUGUUAGUUAGUUGGGAUCAAUUGUGAUCCCCUACAAUAAGAAGUGCAAUAUUUGUAUUGUACUACAAUCUCUAUUCAAUAUACCUGAACAUGUAUUUCUAGUGUUGAUAGAAAAGGGUAAUUGAUAAAUACAUAUCUAUGCUUAAAAGUGCAAUAUAUAUGUUGGCGACAAUGCACAUAAAUAUUCGUAAUAUGAUAUCUGAAUAUCAUAUCUACAACUGUAGCCGUUAAGAACUGUUCAGAAAUCUGAACACAUGUUGUGUUUUUUCUUUUCUUUUAUCCAAAUAUCUUGAAUAAGACUAGCUGUGUCAAAUACUUCUUACCGCUGGUGGGGGAAAAUAAUUGAUAGUCUAGUCUUGGUGAGAAUUUAAUUCAUUCUAUAAGCUGAUUCAUCGGUGGUAGCUCUCAGCCUCUCUGGGUUAUCAUUAAAUUGUUUGCGUGGGUUAUCGUACCUACGUGUCAUUAACUCCCAUCGUAAUUUGCAUCUGACCCCGUUAUCAGGUCACUAACUAUAAGUCUGGCAUCUCCUAACAGACAUGAUUUUAAAUAGCUCAGUUUUUUUGAGUCACUAAUGUUCUUAUUAUUAUGGACAUACUCCUCGAAGAGCUCUUUAAAUGAUUGCAAUUCUCUAAAUUCACCUGAAAAUUUCUGUAAUUACAAUAUAUCUUUGGCUGUUCCCAUUUUUCUUAUGGUUUUUAGGUUGGUUUCCCUUUGUUUUUUUUUUUAUAUUCGCAUAAUGAAUAUAAUACAAUAACGCAGUGACUCAAACCGGUAAUUCGUCUGCUUCGAUACCAUAUAUAAUAUUUAUUUGCUUUUUCCUCUUCAAUGAUAGAUCUAAUUUUUUCUGAUCUUUUUCAAUUGCUUGCAACAACAAAUUUUUUGCUAUGUCUUCGGUUGAGCUAUAUGCUCUAUCCCCUGUAUCCAUUGCUUUAGAUGCUUGUUCUAUUUUUGGCUGCUCUUGAGCUCGCUUCCUUACAUUUGCGGCUUUGCAUUUCAACCGCAAAGUUUGGUAAACAUUACUGACGAAGUAUUCGUGGUUCGGCGCUACUUUUCCUGCCAACUUUGCAUGGUUGCUGACGAAUUCGUUCCACGCCAUUUCAAUAUUUUCUUAGUAGUCAUCUUUUUGGCACCGUGCUGUAAUUUCCUCUUGCAGCAGCUUUUGCCUCAUUAAUAAGAUCCUCAGUGUUCGACAUAUUACAAAAUGUUCUUAUUCCUCAAAGAAUUGGAGGUUAUUUUUUGAUCGCCUUGUUGAUCUUGCAGUGCCUCGACUUAAAGCUGUUAUAAUUCUUUGAGUAACAGUUUUUUAACCAUUGCGUAUUGUUUUUUGUUAAUACGUCUUAUAUGGUAAUUUCAAGUUUCCAACAAAUACUUUCACUAAGUAAAGUUUUUCUCCUUGCCUGUACUUUUAAUAAUAACAGGGCUUUAAUAUUUGGUAGAGCUCUUUUCUUAGGCUCGAUUGGACCAAAUGAAUAAGACUAGUUGUGUCAAAUACUUCUUACCACUGGUGGGGGAAAAUAAUUGAUAGCAUAGUCUUGGUGAGAAUUUAAUUCAUUCUGAUUUUAUUUAGAGUUUGUGCAUACAUGUGUAUAAAUAUGUUUGUAUUAUUAAUACUUGAGUGCAUGCAUGUUGCAUAUAUGUACAUAGAUGCAUGCGAGUUACUUUGUAUCGAGACUGAAUGAAUUAAAAUAUAAUAGUUAUAUCCUUUUUUUAAAUUAAUAUAUUUAUAAUUUAUUCGAAUAUUAAAAAUAACACAAGCGGAAAAACUCUUCGGAGUUAAUUUAAUUAUAAUAAUUAAUAACACUCGAUGUGUUUUCGCGGCGUCGCCAAUCUUCAGACUGAUGGAUUGGUUAUUAAUACAUAUUUGAAUAUUCAAUAGACUUAGCUUCUAGUGUGUGUAAUUCUAAUAAGUGUGGGUGGGAUAUGGAACAAAGCUUAGAGCUGUUUCAGACGUGUCAACUCCUGUUGCGACAAUUCUUCGUUUAUUGGAGAGGGGGUGACGAAGAGAAGAGAAUUUCGCCUCGUCGUGUCGUGUUUACUUAGAGUCUGGUAUAUUACAUGUAACUUGCGUACCUCAUAUGUAUUAUAUAUGUUAUGUCUUUAAUUAUGUAUGUACACAAACUAAAUGCGGCCAUUUGGCCCUAACAUAUGUACAUGUUCAUUUUUUAACAUUUCAUUUGAAUAUAUUCCAUUUCUCUUGAGUGGAGAGAGCUUGAAAUUGAUAACAAUUAAAUAUAUUGUAUGGAGUAUUACAUCCCAUUAUGCAUUUAAAAACUGCAUUUUGAAAAUGUUGCUGCUUCUAGUGCAUUCCCUUCAUGAUUCAGAAAUUAUUGCAAUGAAUUUAAAGUCAGUAUUUCUUUAGGAUUUUUAAGGGAACUUUCAUACCGAAGUCUUAAAUUGUUGUCCAAUUUUUGUACAAGCGUAAAGCAAGAGAGCGAGAGAGCCUACUUCGUUUAAUCUUCGAUAUUCUUUUCAAAUUCAAUUAGUAAGAAUUGAAGUAAUCGAACUAAACCAGUAUUUGAAAGAGAUUUCAUUUUCCUGGGAGUACUAUUCUCUUGAACUAAUUUUAACAAUUCCGUUAAUUUGGCAUACGCUUUUUUAUUUUUAGGAUCGUUGUACAAUACUAAAUGGUUUCGUUGAAAUUCCGACCAUUUUUUUGUCCAAACAUUCCUGGAGAUUUGUUAAAUUUAUUAAUUAUUCAUUUAGAUCCUUACUCAUGGCUCUAAAAUGAAGUUUUUGCAGUUCUUCUUCUAAUUUUAACUGAUUCUACAUUUUCAAUAAUAAGAAAAUAAGAUAUAAUAUAUUAUACAAAUUUAUAUUAUGUAAUUAGAUAACAAAAUAUCGAUAUCAUUUAUUUCGAUGAUAAGAGAAUUGGCUUGAUCGUCGUUGAAGAGGUUCUCGAAGUAAGGACUCGCUGCUGAGAGUACCAGACGAUGCGUGGGUAAAGUGUAAAAACAAAAACACAAAAAUAUAAACAUAAAUAAAUAUAAUUUUAUGUAAGAUCCAAACUAUGAAAUAAGACUUUAGAUUAUAAAGUUUAAAAAUCACAACAAUUAUCUAUAUCGAUAUUUUUCCUCGUCGAAGCAACAUAUUUUGUUCAUUAAUUUCUCCAUGAAAAGUGGUUUCAACUCACUCGAAUUGCGCUGUGAAGCAGUUGCUUGCGUAGAUCUUGUGGCCAUUUUUAGUUAUUGGACUUUCCUGAUGCGGUAAUAAAAUACUAAAGGGAAAGUAAUUAUUUUGAAUACUUAAGUUCAACUUGAGCUUUGCUUUCUAGUUUCUUUUAUUGAACUGACAGCUCCACUUGAAAUGACGUGGAUACAUUCGUUCCAUAACUGCGAUAAAUGAUUUUACGUAGCUCAAAUGUACCGUUUUCUAUAUCCAGUCGAGCACAGUCGUCUUGUAGAAAUUUUGGUAGCGCGUUAAACUCUGAGCUUGACAAUAAACUAACUACAAUAUGUUAUUAACAGUAAUCAUAGCAUUUAAUCAAAAAGUCAAACAACUUCUAAGUGCAGAAAUUCGAUACUAAGGUGGAAUAAUAUGCCUUAAGUCAUUUUAAAAAAGAUCUCUGACUAUUAUAUUACUUUACAAUACCCAAUAACUGUGAAAAAAAAAUAUAAAUAUAUCCGAAACUACGGACUCCAGUGCGUGAUAGCGGCGGACAAUCCAAAUUCUUGUUUCAGUGUCCCAGUUAUCCAUUUUUGUUAAAUAUAGAAGUCAAUCUGCAAAAUAAAAAAACUUAACCAGAUUCAUUAAAUAGAAAAAAAGUUAUUUAUUUUUUUUUUUUUGGUAGCGGAUUUCUUUAGCCACCCUGUAAAUCAAUAUAUUUUUAUGUAAGAUCCAAACUGUGUAAUAUUUACAAAGCCUCUGGAUUAUAAAGUUUAAAAAUCACAUCAAUUAGAUCUCUUUCCUCGUAGAAGCAAAAUUUUUUUGUUCAUUAAUUUCUCCAUGAAAUGAAGUUUCAACUCACUCGAAUUAUGCUGUGAAGCAAUUGGUUGCUUAGAACUUGUGGCCAUUGUUAAAUAUAGGACUUUUCUGUUGUUAUGAUAAAAUACUAACAGCCGGUUUUACGAAACAAAUUUAAGUGAAAAAUAAUUAAUUUCAGUUUCACCAUUUGACUUAAUCUUUAUUUAAAUGAUCACGCUUUGUCAUUUAAAUAAUAAUGAAUUAAAACAGAUAUAUCCUUUUUUUAAAUGAAUAUAUA